AUGCCGACGGUCGUGACGACGAUCAGCCCCGGCGACGGCGCGACGUUUCCCAAGGCCGGCGACGCGCUCACGAUGCACUACACGGGCACGCUCGCCGCCGACGGCUCCAAGUUCGACUCGUCCGUCGACCGCGGGACGCCGUUCUCGUUCACGAUCGGCGUCGGGCAGGUGAUCCGCGGCUGGGACGAGGGCGUCAUGAAGAUGAGCCUCGGCGAGAAGGCGACGCUGGCGAUCCCGAGCGAGGACGGCUACGGCCCGCGCGGCGCCGGCGGCGUCAUCCCGCCGGACGCGGACCUCGUCUUCGAGGUCGAGCUCCUGAAGAUUAACUAG